CCAGAUCCGGCAAUACCUCCAACUCUAGGCUCAGCCAAACACUCGCUGCACAGCAGAGCCAGCACUGGAAGCCAAUGCAAACCUGUAUACGAUUGCCAUUCUUCGACAACUAUUCCGCCACUACUUCUACAGCCAAUACCUAUCUUGUCGGCCGAAUGGAACCAAAAUGAAAUGAAAUUGUUUUCGCGAGCGCUUGAGGUUUGCGGCAAGAAUUUCGGUGCAAUAAAGAAGGACUUCCUUCCCUGGAAAUCAGUGAAGAGUAUCAUUGAGUUCUACUAUUUGGGAAUCCAUAGAGAGAGUACACAUUCCCCGCCGAGACCUGAGAACCUGAAUCCAAACGCCACAAAUCAAAGUGAAAACAUACUCAACAUAAAACCCGACUCUAUUAGCAAUUCAUUCGCGUUGGAUAUCCUGUCCUCAGUCUCUAAGUUCAUGGCUUGCGCUCAAACCAAACCACAACUCAAUUGCGAUCAAAGACAUAAUUUGCACCAUUUUUUAGACAAUGAUUAUGACGUGAAGACAAGUUUAGAUGAUUUAAAGGCUUCGGGUGUUAGCGGUCAGGAAGUUAAACCUCUAAAGGCGAAGCCUAUACUUCCAACCGCUAUUCAAGAGUCGCGAGACAUUUCGACCGUCGGUUCGUUAAAGUUCUAUUUGGACGGACAGUUAGUCCUUAAACUGAAUGCUCAACAAGAGUUGUUGGGACAGAAGUGUCAAUGGGUUGAGUCGUUGGACACCGCAAAGAAGGCACGAGAAAAACUGCAUAAGACUAACAAACGGCUGCUCAUUGAACGCCACGACUUAGACCUACCGAACCAUUCAAAUCACAAAUAUUUAAAUAAUGAUGAAUUGGAUGAGGCGUCCAAUGAGUCGAGUGAUGACGACUCUCUGGAAAGCAAUGAAAGUGCUUUAGUGCCGUCGCCGUCGGCUUUCAUCGCUAAGAAAGCAAAAGUCAAACUCGAAAACAAUUGCCUCAAACCAUUGUCUUCGCCGACGUCUCUAUCGCUAAAAGAUCAAAAAAUGGAGACAAAUGUCUCAAAUCCGUGCAAUCGUCUCAUGAAGACUGAGUGCACUUCUGUGAAGAGAGAGCACUUGAGUCCCAACUUUGCCACCAAUGAUGACAUUAUUGAACACAAGAAGCGCUCAUCGAAUGAAACGACAAACGAGAGGAGAAAUUCUCAGAAUUCGUUGGAAAACAAAUGGUAUCACACGAUAGUUGAGAAGCAGUCUUCACUACAGCCACCAAAAGCCCAUUCGGCGGCACCACUCGGACAAACACAACGCCACUCGCGGUAUGAAUCGACUGCCAAUUCGUGGGGAAUGUCGACCUCGUCUUCUUCAUCGUCAUCUUCAACGUCGUCCCAAUCGUCCUCCCAUUCAGUGCCGACGCCCUCUCAAUCGGUUCCGUCGAGUGCAGCGCCCGUAGACCUGACACGAAAGUCAACAAAUUAUAGUCCAUUUGAAACUAAGUCAUUGUCGACGAGCUCUUCGGCGCCAAACUAUAAUAGUUAUAACGAAAAGGACAAGAACUCGAAAAUGUCGUCUCCCAGUCCUCCCCGACUGCAGUCGCCGUUUGUCUUUCCAUUUCCUUCUUAUUUACCACUUUCUCCGACUCAAAGUCAAAGCAAACAUAAAAAAGAAGUGAAGUCUUCCAGCAAUUUGUGCCAAAAGGGAUAUGAAAACCGAUCACAAGUAAAACCUUCGCCUCCGAGUUCUCCGUCAUCCAUGCCGUCGACGACACCACCUCUUCCUUCACAACUAGCUUUCAUUCAAAACUCGUUGGCUUCAUAUUUACCUAUUUAUGAACAAUACUAUCGUUACUAUUAUGGCUAUGGAAUGCCAGCCCCUAAUCACUCCUCAGGUGAGAGACAGUCUUCAAGUCAAGCGUCUAAAGAAAGUGACACAAACAAUAAGGAAAGGGCUAAAUAUUACGUAUACUUCGAGACCUCAACGACGACUCCGUUUCAGAUCAGAAGAAUCGAAGAAUUAAUUAAAACCCCUAACGGCAACGUUGAGGCCAAAGUGAUGUGCUUUUUCCGACGCCGGGAUAUAUCGGGAUCACUGAUCGUAUUGGCGGACAAACAUCAAAGUGCCUUAGAAGAAGAACAGGAGAGAGAAGCCGAACAAUUCUCCGAGAAAAACAAACAUCAGCUCAAACUCCGGGAGUUAUUUUUAUCGCGUCAGGUCGAGACACUUCCGGCCACUCAUAUACGGGGCAAAUGUUCGGUCACUCUUCUCAAUGAGACGGAAUCGUUGGCCUCUUAUCUCAACAAAGAGGACGCCUUCUUCUAUACACUGGUCUACGAUCCGCACCAGAAGACCCUUUUGGCCGAUAGGGGAGAGAUUCGUGUCGGCCAGAGGUAUCAGGCAGAGGUGCCCCCUAACACACUCGCGCCCGGAGAGUCCGAUAAUAGGGUUGUUGAACAGCUCGAGACCUUAGUCUAUACACCCGAACAUAGCAUUAGUGAUAAACAAAUUGAUCAAUACUUGAUUAUUUCAAGAUCUGUGGGAACGUUCGCUCGAGCGCUGGACUGUUCGAGUUCUAUAAAGCAGCCGAGUCUGCAUAUGUCGGCCGCCGCCGCUUCAAGAGAUAUAACUCUAUUGCACGCAAUGCAAGUCCUUCAUCAACACGAUUACGAUAUCGGGAAAGCCGUCUGCAGUCUAGUCCCUAACAACGGCCCCGUUCUGUGUCGCGACGAGAUGGAGGAGUGGUCCGCAUCCGAGGCUAAUCUGUUCGAAGAGGCGCUCGAAAAGUACGGCAAAGACUUCAACGAUAUUCGACAAGACUUUCUUCCGUGGAAAAGCCUUAAGAAUUUAGUCGAAUAUUAUUAUAUGUGGAAAACAACCGACAGAUAUGUUCAGCAAAAACGGGUGAAAGCAGUUGAGGCCGAGAGUAAACUAAAACAGGUUUACAUUCCGAACUAUAAUAACAAACCCAAUGCUGUUAACGGAGGUAUGAAUUUGUCGAAUGACGCCAAUGGAGCGAAUGGUAGAGCGUGUGAGAGCUGUUACAAACAAACAUCAUCGCAAUGGUAUGCAUGGGGUCCGCCACACCUCCAGUGCCGGCUCUGUCAGAGUUGCUAUACUUAUUGGAAAAAGUUUGGAGGACUUAAGUAUUCGUCUCGAAUCGGUAUUAUUUACGAUAAUAUGAAG